UACUCACCUCUCUGGUUCCAUAAAUAAUAAUAAGAUGUUAGACUUGUGUCAUACGUCGUCUAUGAUUUAAUAUCUGAUGUUUCAGUGUAAUAAUUCAUAAAUAUAUAAAUAUUAUUAUUUAGACAGAAUUGAAAUCAUGACUUCUACUAAAGAUGAUGAAGAUUUUUGGUACAGUAGCGAGAAACGAUCUUUCUGUUUCGAAAAUAACGAGGUAGAUCAAUUGUUUGGAGUAUCAAAGACCGAUACAGAUAAAUUAUGGGCUGGUAUCUCCAACACGUCGACUGCGGACGGAUCUUUAAAAUCUACUAAUGAUUAUCAACCACUUAAGCCUAUGUUAUCUAUUAUCUCAGAAAAAACACUUUCUUGCAUUUUAGCUACGGAUAAAUUGCAAAAUCUUCAUCCAGAAACAACAGGUCUACAACCAGAUAUUACUCUUAGAAAAAUUUUACUUGGCCAACCAUAUUCUUUGGAACAAUAUAAAUCGCUUGUCAGUAAAACUACCUUAUUAGAUGCAGCGAUAAUAAGUGGUGAUGGAAAUGCAAUUUUAAUAAUUAUUUUAUUCCUUACAAAAACUCUUAAACGGUCUUUAGUUCAAAGAAUAUUAGCAGAAAGGCCAGAUGCUGUCAAUGUUUAUAUAAGAUAUCUCUCCAUAAGAAUGCAAAUAAAUGAAAUUAUAGACAUUUUAACAAUGCUAGGACAACCAAUGGAUGCAGCUAUGAAAACUUUACACAUUAUCAUAAAAAAUACUCGAGAUCCUGAUAGAUUACUAAACAAACUUCGAAAUAGUUAUAAAACACAAUUUUCAACUUUAACUGAUUGUAAAGAAGCUUUAUUUGUCCAAUCCUACAUAAAGUUACUUGAAUGGCAAAUGGUAGCAAAAGUAAUCGAUGGAAAUGAAGAUAUUGAACUAAAUUCAUCAGUUCUUGACUGUCUAAAACACGCGUGUAAAGGUCACUGGGAUUUGCCAGAGGGUAAAUUAAUGUCUCCUACAAUUUUAUCUCAACAGCAUGAUGUGUCUCCUAGACAGUAUCAAAAGGUUGUAUUAGAAGUUAAAGCAGCAGCUAAAGAAUGGGAUGAUGUUGAUCGAUUACUUGUAACAAAGGGAUGGCUAGGAAGCAAAAAAUUGCAAAUUCAUCUUCCUAUCGAAGAUGUACUAAAGAUAUUGCAUAAAAAUAGUGCACCUUUCGAGGUUCUUGAAAAAUACUUAAAAUAUGUCGAUAAUAUAGAGAGGCGAUUGGAAUUGUCAAAAAAUAUGCAUUGUUUUAGAAUAGCAAUUGAUAUACUUGUACAACAAGCAGAUCGUACGGCAUUAAUGGAAUAUAAAACAAAAUUACAACCUCAAUCCGAAGAAUAUUUUUACGCGGAAAGCGCGUUACGAUUGCCAUCGGUUAAGUGGAAAAGCUAAAACUAAUUUUAUUUAUAUUAUACUGUAUUUAAAUAUUUAUUACCCGAAAAACGUAACUAUACAUUUCCACAAUUAAUUUUUACUAAUUUCCUUAUAAAGUAUAUUUAUAUAUAAAUUACAGCGACUACAAAAAAUAUUUGUAUAUCAGUGUAUUUAUUGCAGAAUUAUAUACCAAUUAAUCAAGUCCAAGUAUAUUAAAUAUCAUUUGGUAAUACUUCCGUAUGACUAAAAAUUUAGUACUGCGAAAAUAAAAUGUAGAAUCUGAUAAAAAAAACUAAGAUAACUGUACCAAAUUAUGCAUAUAAAUACUAUUUAAAUAUUUAUAUAUUUAUAGAAUA